CGCAGCUCCCGCGGGCGCGGGCAGAUGAAGCUGCAGAGCGCGGCUCUAAUCUCCAGUUCAGCCUUAACCAAACCCAGAUCAAAGAGGGCUGGAACCGAGGGCGGGGAGCAGCCCCGGGGCUCCCGCAGAAAGCAGGGAGGAGCCGGCGGGUGGCUGCCAGCUCCCUGACCUGCCGCGGGGAGGGAGGGAAGGAGGGGCGGCCCCGCCACCGGCUCCCCGCGGCGGAGGAGCAGCAGCAGCAGUCGGCCCGGCCCGGCCCGGCCCGGCUCAGCUCGGCUCGGCGCUCCCCGCCCAGGCCCGUUGUUGGGGCGAAGCGGGCCAGGCUCCCGGGCGGCUGCGGGAAGCGGGGGGCGCGUAGGCGGGGGGAUACCUGGAUCAAGAGGGGGGCUUCUUGCUCCCUACUGCUAAUCUUCUCUGGUUUGCGCCUGGAACAUCACGUAUCCACCAAGAACUUGGAGCAUGGCUAUGAGCAAUGUCACUGACUCUGUGGUUCUGAGCAACGGCAGCAUCUUGUCAAAUGCUACUGGCCCAGGUAUCGUUGCAGCCAAUGACGGAGAUGCCGCAGUUCAACAGCUCCCAUCCAAGGAAACACCAAGAACAAAAACGAGUCCAAAUGGCUGCCUGCAACUUAAUGGUACAGUCAAACCAUCUUUUCUGCCUUUAGACAACCAAAGAACUCAGCAGAUGUUGUCACAAUGUUGCCACCCUUGUCCAUACCAUCAUUCUUUAAGUAGCCAUAAUAACAAGCAAGAAUGUAAUUCAGUGGUUGGCAGCUCAGCACCAUCGCCUAUGACUUCGUGCUGCAUGCAGCCACAUACUGAGUAUUCAGCAUCUAUUUGCCAAAAACACACACCCAUAUAUCAGCCUGCGUGCUGUCUUCAGCCCUCCCCAUCCUUCUGCCUUCACCAUCAGUGGCCUGACCAUUUUCAGCAUCAGCCUGUGCAGCAACAUAUAGCCAGGAUGAGGCCAGCCAGACCAUUCAAAUUACCAAAAAGCUAUGCUGCCCUGAUAGCCGACUGGCCCGUGGUGGUCCUGGGCAUGUGUACUGUGUUAAUAGUGGUGUGCGCACUGGUUGGAAUAUUAGUUCCAGAACUCCCAGAUUUCUCUGAUCCAUUGCUGGGUUUUGAACCAAGAGGGACGGCCAUAGGACAGAGAUUGGUCACAUGGAACAAUAUGGUGAAAAACACAGGGUACAAAGCAACACUUGCAAACUAUCCUUUCAAAUAUGCAGAUGAGCAAGCUAAAAGUCACCAAGAUGACAGAUGGUCAGAUGAUCACUAUGAAAGAGAGAAGAGGCAAGCAGACUGGAACUUCCAUAAGGAUACCUUUUUCUGUGAUAUUCCAAGUGAUCGCUAUUCACGAGUGGUGUUUACAUCAACAGAAGGAGAGAAUUUGUGGAAUUUGAAUGCAAUUAAGUCAAUGUGCAAUGUAGAUAACUCGAGGAUCAGAUCCCAUUCCCAGUUUGGCGACCUCUGCCAGAGAGCCACUGCUGCUUCGUGCUGUCCCAGCUGGACACUGGGCAACUAUAUUGCUAUUCUAAACAACAGAUCAUCGUGUCAAAAAAUUGUAGAACGGGAUGUCUCUCACACCCUAAAGCUGCUUCGCACAUGUGCCAAAUACUACUACAACGGAACCCUGGGGCCAGACUGCUGGGAUAUGAACGCCAAAAGGAAGGACCAACUCAAGUGUACAAAUGUGCCUCGCAAAUGUACCAAGUACAAUGCUGUUUACCAGAUACUUCACUAUCUAGUGGACAAGGAUUUUCUAAGCCCAAAGACAGCCGACUAUGUCUUACCAGCUUUAAAAUACAGCAUGCUCUUCUCUCCAACUGAGAAAGGGGAAAGCAUGAUGAGCAUUUAUCUAGAUAACUUUGAGAAUUGGAACGCUUCUGAUGGUGUAACAACCGUCACAGGGAUUGAGUUUGGAAUAAAACAUAGAUUGUUUCAAGAUUACCUGUUGAUGGAUACUGUGUAUCCUGCCAUAGCCAUUGUGAUUGUCUUAUUAGUUAUGUGUGUAUACACGAAGUCCAUGUUUAUCACGCUGAUGACUAUGUUUGCAAUAAUUAGUUCCUUGAUUAUUUCUUAUUUUCUCUAUCGAGUAGUAUUUAAUUUUGAGUUCUUUCCAUUCAUGAAUCUCACGGCAUUGAUUAUUCUUGUUGGGAUUGGAGCAGAUGAUGCUUUUGUCUUAUGUGAUGUUUGGAACUACACAAAAUUUGAUAAACCUCAUGCUGGAACCUCUGAGACAGUGAGCAUCACGCUGCAGCACGCUGCUCUUUCCAUGUUUGUCACAAGUUUUACUACCGCUGCUGCCUUCUAUGCUAAUUACGUCAGCAAUAUCACAGCAAUCAGGUGUUUUGGUGUUUAUGCCGGCACUGCCAUUUUGGUGAAUUAUGUUUUGAUGGUUACAUGGCUACCUGCUGUAGUUGUAUUACAUGAACGAUACCUUCUCAAUAUUUUCAGUUGCUUUAAGAAACCUCAGCAGAGGGUAUACAACAACAAAAACUGCUGGACAGUGUUGUGCCAAAUGUUCCACAAGAUUAUUUUUGCAGUCUCGGAAGCAUCCAGGAUAUUUUUUGAAAAAGUUUUGCCAUGCAUUGUUAUAAAAUUUCGAUAUAUUUGGCUUUUCUGGUUCCUUGCCUUAACGAUUGGUGGAGCAUAUAUUGUGUGUGUAAAUCCAAAGAUGAAAUUGCCAUCCUUGGAGCUCUCUGAGUUUCAGGUAUUUAGGUCUUCUCACCCAUUUGAACGAUAUGAUGCAGAAUACAAAAAGCUUUUUAUGUUUGAACGUGUCCAUCAUGGAGAAGAGCUCCACAUGCCAAUUACAGUAAUCUGGGGUGUCACACCUGAGGAUAACGGUGACCCUUUAAACCCUAAAAGUAAAGGAAAGCUGCAGCUAGAUAGCAGUUUUAGUAUCGCUAGCCCAGCUUCACAGGUUUGGAUUUUACGUUUCUGUCAGAAGUUAAGAAAUCAAACAUUUUAUUAUCAGACUGAAGAACAAGACUUCACAAGCUGCUUCAUUGAAACAUUUAAGCAGUGGAUGGAAAAUCAAGACUGCGAUGAACCAUCUCUUUACCCCUGCUGCAGCCACUGGAGCUUUCCAUACAAACAAGAAGUUUUUGAAUUAUGUAUCAAGAGAGCUAUAAUGGAGCUAGAAAGAAGCACAGGGUACCAUUUAGAUAGUAAAACCCCAGGGCCUCGCUUUGACCUAAAUGAUACUAUCAGGGCAGUGGUGUUGGAGUUCCAAAGCACCUACCUCUUCACGCUGGCUUAUGAGAAAAUGCAUCAGUUCUACAAAGAGGUGGACUCAUGGAUUUCAAGUGAGCUUAGUUCUGCUCCUGAAGGUCUUAGCAAUGGUUGGUUUGUGAGUAACCUCGAAUUUUAUGAUCUUCAGGACAGCCUUUCUGAUGGUACUCUGAUUGCCAUGGGUCUUUCAGUUGCUGUAGCAUUUAGUGUAAUGCUUCUUACAACUUGGAAUAUAAUUAUAAGCCUUUAUGCAAUAGUCUCAAUAGCUGGAACUAUUUUCGUCACUGUAGGUUCUCUGGUUCUUCUUGGAUGGGAGCUAAAUGUGUUAGAAUCUGUCACUAUUUCAGUGGCUGUUGGCUUAUCUGUGGACUUUGCUGUUCAUUAUGGAGUGGCUUAUCGCUUAGCCCCUGACCCUGACCGAGAGGGAAAAGUCAUUUUUUCUUUAAGCCGUAUGGGUUCUGCUAUUGCAAUGGCUGCAUUGACUACGUUUGUAGCUGGAGCAAUGAUGAUGCCCUCUACAGUGUUGGCAUACACACAGCUUGGCACUUUCAUGAUGCUUAUAAUGUGCAUUAGUUGGGCUUUCGCAACAUUCUUCUUCCAGUGCAUGUGCCGAUGCCUUGGACCCCAGGGCACUUGUGGCCAGAUCCCACUACCAAAAAAACUGCGGUGUAAUGCCUUCUCUCAGACCUUUUCAGGAGCCCAAGGAGGCAGAGGUCAAAAUAAAUCACAUCCUGUUAGCAAAUAUCAGCUGGACUCCAGAAGUCAAAAGCCAGAAAUGGAGCAUGAGCACUAUGAGCUCGAGCCUCUGGCAUCACAAACUGGUAUCUGUAACACUGCAGAGAAAGUGACUUAUGAAGAAACUCAUAUCUGCUCAGAGCUCUUCAGCAGCAGGCCCCAAAACACAUGUAUGCCUAUGCAUUCAGCCUACAAUAGCGACAUGAGUAAAAGCAUUAAAAAUGUUGCUAGUUCAGCUAUGCUACAGGCCUCUAUUGACCAACAUGCCAUAUGCCCAAUUUUCUCUCAAAAUAGGCAGUGUAGCUGUCCUGAUGCAUAUAAGCAAGUGGCAGUGAAGUGGAGUCCACACUCAUGUCAACAGUUAAGUGACGCCUUCUGUUACCAGUGUUCUCCUUCACCAGGAACCGUACAGAUCCAAAGCUCUGUAGCUCCUAUAAAUGCUUUACAGCAAGCUGCCGAAGGUUACGUGCAUCCAGUCCAGCACGUCCUCCACUGCAGCUGCCUUCAAGGAAGGCUCAAAAGAACAAUGACACAGAACUCUCUGCCUAAAAAUUUUUUCCUCCAGUCUGUGCAGCAGUUUCAGGCACAUCAAAGAAUAAAUAGGACAGAUUCACAUGCUCAUCAAAACCCUGAGGAAAACCUAAUAACUGUUCCAAAGGUGAUGAGCUCCUCACAGUUUCUCUGCCAAAACGCAGGACCUCUAAUAGUGCGUUGCUCUGAAUGUGAGAGCAGUGUAUCAAAUAACCAAAAGGGAUUCUGUCAGCAGGCAGACAAGUGUGAUGAAAAGGGUGGUACAGAAGUGAACGGGGUUGAAAGCAAGAAAGCCUCUCUGUCAAAGCAGAAGAAGAAAGCUGAGAGCAAGAUAGAUCAGCAUUCUUUGCAGAAUGACCGGGUUUUGAAAGCUGACCAAAAUGAUAAAAAACAUCUGCUGAAUAGGUCAGUGGGGGACGCUUGCCAUGAGGGUUGCCGUGAAAACUCACACUGUUGUAGCAAGGCUAUCACAGUGAAGUGCAAUUCUGUUGACUGUCAAAUGCCAAACAUCGAAGCCAAUGUGCCUCCUAUGUUAAUGCGCCCAGAACUUUCCAAUGAAAGUUUGUUAAUAAAAACACUAUAAUAAAUCUUUAAUUUGGCAAUCCUGUGUCUUUCUUUUAAAAGUAAGUUUAAAAUGCUAAAAAGGAGAGUGAGUCCUGAAAAAAAUAUUAAUUAUAAUUUGCAUUUUGGAAUUAAAAAUGUAUUUAUAGAACAGUAACAUUUAUACGUUUCAUAAAGCCAUCACAUGUAAAACUUGAUGUUGUCCAGAAUGUUGUUCGUUUUUUUCUUUUUCCCCUGUAAUUCAUAAACUGGAUUAUGCUUAAUUUAGGUUUUGCUGCAGGGCAUUAAGGUUUGAAUUCUCCUUAUCAACCAUUUCAAGAGACAAAGCAUUACAAAUAAAUUCUCCCUUUUCUGAAGCCAGGGCUUGUGAGAUUGAUAACGUUUGGGAUGGGCUGAGAUUGCCACAUUGUCUGAGUACACCAUUUACCUUUAUCCUACUGCUGCCUUUGCAGGCCUGUGCGCAGCUCAAAACAGCUGCAGGACUGUAACUGUGUUCAUUCAGGAUUGUCUGAAAGACCAGCUCUGCAGGGUAGAUUGUUUGAGGAAUAUUUUUAACUAUUUAUCCUAACAAAAUCUAAAGAAAAGCUCUUGGAGGUCAACAGCCCUUGCACCACCGUUGUUGUGUAUCUGUGUAUGUAAUGCAGUAAAACAUUUUAUACUGCCCUUUCUGGCAGUUACUGCAUAGACUUUAUCAUUAAAUAGUGGAGAAUACAGGUGGAAACAAUAGUGAGUGAAUGUUAUUUACUUCUCGGUGAUGACAAGAAAAGUAUAAUUCAUGUGUAUGACGUGUAUGCAUAUAAAAUCAGGAGUAAAUAAAUUGGGCAUGAAGUGCCGUGCAAUACUGAACUUUUUCCCACAAAGUAUGGGAACUAGAAGUAAAUCUGCUGUGGAGAAAGGCGUAGUUAAUGUACAUGUUCUAGACUUCCUGUCAGUAGGAUCAGAUUAAGUCAAUUCAAAAGGCUCAAAUCCAUAAAUUAAAACAUUGUGCUCUUGAGUUUUCCUACCCAGAGAAGUUCCAAGAUGUAGUUACAAAUAAUGAACUAAACCACAUAACCAAGACAUUGGAUUUCAGACAUUGUAUUUGUGUAACUACGGGGUUUAGUCAAAUGACAGCUGUGGUUUGGUCAUGGGAAUACUUGCUGGUCUCAUCGUUCACGGAGAGUGGAUUUGAGAGCUGGAACUGUGUAGUAUAUCAUAAUGGCUAUGCACCUUAAUGACAAAUUUCUCUUCAUAUAAUCAUUUGGUUAUGCUGAUCAUGUUGAUUUUCUAUAUGCAGAUGAUAGAAGGUAGAUUUCGUGGACUGAUGUGGUAUCAUGUACUUGGUGUGUUACGAAUCACUGGAGGAAAAGCCUGGCUUUUUCUGUUCAAAUGUUCAUGUUAAAGGAACGUAAAGGAUUAGUAUCAUACACCAAACCACUUUGGUUUGUCUGGGAGUAGUGAUGUUAAUGCUUAUAUAUCUCAGUGACUGGAACAGAAUAAAAGGUUGAAAUCUACAGAAAAAGCUAAAAUAGUUUUUCAUGAUUUAAGAAGAGUAGCAUGCUUUCUUAGAAUAAAAUAAAACUCACUUUUAGUUCUUUUAAAACUCAUAACUCAAUUGAGAGCCAGAUUCUUUCUGAAUGUUUGUAAUGAGAGUGAUCCAAGGAUUUUCUGUGCACCAUAGAGGCUAUUAAUUAUGAAGAGCUAAGACUUGCAGUUCUAGCAGUCUAGAGAAAUUAAACAGGAUAAGAAAUAAACUGGGCUGUUUCUGUUGUCCAGCUUUCUUCCUGACCACCGCACCUGCCUGAGUGCAGUUUCAGUGGGGGGGGUACGCAACACACUAAGCAAUAAAUUGUCCUGAAAUAAAAGCAAUGUUAGUUUAAUUGACCUGCAGUCAGGCCUUGCCAAAGCAGUGUGUAAUGCUUACGUAGUGCCUGUCACAUCAGCUGUCAUUCACAGCUGUGCCUUUGAGACAUGGGCCUUAGGGGAGGACCCCAGCUAAUGCAUCUACACAACACAGGACGUUUUGAGCUGGUGAGCUCAAAAGUGAGGGUUUUUUCUAAGCUGGUUUUCCACAACUGCAUUCUGUAUAAGGAAAUACCUUUUGACUGCUUAUAUUAAUAACUGCUUUUAUAAAGGUGAGGUAAGCGAUAGAGAUUAAUGUUGUGUUUUCAUUAUGAUUUAUAUGUUCUGAAAGGCUGAUACAGUGAAAAAAAUGGGGCAGAUAAGGAGUUGUGAUGUAAUGUACUCUUAGAUUAAAAUGAGCUAAUGUACUUGGCUAGCGAACAGUAUUGCUGUUGUGUUUGCCUUUUGUGACUUGGCCAUUGCCUUCCUGCUAACUACUGUAUUAUUCCCAAAUCACUUAGCUGGACAAGGAGCAAUCAUUGAAAUAGAUAAAUUCAAUGUUUAUGUAUGUAGCUCUGUGUGUGCGUGUACCACGUCUAUGUUGAUUCAUGCAUAGACUCUAAAAUCCAAGCCAAUACAACUGGAGAGUGGAAGAGAGUAGCAGUUGACUCCAGUGACAGCUGAGGGCUGAUAAGGCUAUGAUUACUCUAUCCCCAGAAAAUUCAUGAGAGAAAAAAAAAAAAAUUAAUAAUCAAGUUUUUACAAGCUACUAGGAACAAGCAAGGAGAGGUUGGAUCCUGCUCCAGGAAGUCUUAACAAGGACCAUUGUAUCCUACUGAGAUAUCUCUCUAAGACUUGCCAAUGACUGCAAAGUCCCAAGGGAAGCUGAUGGGUCUAAAAUACCCUAAUUUCCAUUAACUGAUUUGCUGUCCCUGAGGUCCUCCCUUGGAUUGGGAUUGCGUAGUGAAUCUGGAUGUGUGCAUGCCAAGCUGGCUAAGUGUGGUGCUUCUCUUGUAGGCUGCCCACUUGGGGUAAGGGCCCUGCCACUGGCACUGGCUAGCGCUUCCUCCGUGAAGUGACAGGGUCCUGGCUUUAGAAGAUGUGGAGCUUUAUUUCUAUGGAUAAUCCAUUCGGUAUUUACUAAAUCAGGCAGGGUAGGUGGUAUUUGUUCUGGCAGUGAUGACGUGUGUAGCUUGGGACAUGACAGAUGAGCUUUCUGCCUUUUCAAAGUCUAGGAAAGACUUUAACUUGUAUGUGCAGUGAGGCUUUAAAGUGACAUCUCUUUGAUUAUCCAAAGGAGAAAAGAAAGACUUUGUGUGGGACAACAGUGAUCUGCUUGUGGCUCUGAAGUUGCUGGUAUGCUUUCUACAGUUAUAAAGAAUACAAAUGAGAAUCUUCCUGGGAGUGGGACUUGCAUCAGAGACCAACUCUCCCAAAUUCACCUCACCCAGGGGGGAAAAAAUAUAUUUAACAUAUUAGAUACCUUAGUUGUCUGUAUUGUCCUUAAGGUCUGUGUUUUUCUGAUCACAAUCUGGCUUAUGGUACGGGUAAUACAGUAAUUAGUUUAAGAAAAAAUGAUCCAAUAACUUAAGUCCUUUAAAAUACUACACCAGGGCCAAUAUAUAAUCACUCUGAAUGCAGCUACCUCAUACAAAGUAUUGGUAGAUGGGUAGGUAGCUGGUAUAGUAACGUAAAGGGGUUUUUUAAGUUACUAUUUCAUUGUUUGUGUCUUUUAAGAAAAUAAAAAUCCAUCUUUUUACAA